CCUCAGCUUCUGAUGAUGUCAGCGCAUGUUGUUUGAUAAUUUUUUACGUUAUUCCAGUCUACCAUUUAACGUCCAGCGUUUCGCUAGUCAUUACCAAUUUCAGUGUUUGUGCAUAUUGGAAAUAUCCGUAAGUUUGAGGUGUUCAAACAAAUAGAACAAAAUGAAGCUGUGCAAAGCUAUGGUUCAACUUGUGAUUCUGACAGGUAUUUUGUCCACGACAGAAAGUCAGGGAGCAUUCAAGGAUUCCACUCCUGGAAAGAAAUGCAAGGAGCUGUUCCACUGCUCUGGUCUUGGAAACAAUUGCCAACUUCGACAAGGAAAAGAUGGGUGUUCGACAUGUUUCUGCGCUGAUGCAUGCCCCGAAAUAUUUUGCGGUACCCAUUGCCGACGUGUUCUCACAGAAGGACACUGUCCGUUUUGCGAUUGUCGUCGUGGGCAACAAAUUUAUAUUAAGGGAGUUAAACCAUCACCUCAACCGUACACGCUGGCGCCCUACACCAGGCCAUUUGACAUUAACGAGAAGCAGGAAUUUGAGUAAUGCCACCACUUUAUUACAACAACCGGAUAAACAGGGCGAUCUUGUUCCAGGACCAAGACCAAGUUAUUUUUUUAGUUACAAAUUCAUAGAGUGGUGUAUUGUGCAUCUAUUUUUGAGGCGGUUCGGGACUAGAUACCGUUAAAUAUCGCAACUUCGUCGUUUAUUAUAAAUACCACAUUAACGGAUUAAUUCUAGAGAAACACGCAAUGAUAUCAACUUGCUGCUUACAUAUUGCCUGUAUUUCGUCCCUGUUAUGAUGGAGUGGAAAUGUGUUUGGCAACCUAAUCCCGGAAUAUUAAGUGAAACAGUGUAGGCUUGAGACCGGGCUUAGACAUACCCUGUCUCAUGUGGAAAAGAGCCAAAUGUCUAAGACAAUGACUGACGAUAGGCCCAGAGGCGAGGCCCCUUGUACCAGUAUCAUUUUUACUGAUACCAAUUAUAUGAAAUAAAUAAUUAGAUUUUUCUUCUUCCAAAGGCCAUGUUGCGUUCCGCAAAUGUAUUUCUCAUUUAGGCCAACUGGACGUUCUCUUUGCUGCGACUUCCCAGUGAUCACUUUAAUAUCAUUGUAUAACAAUACAUGUCAAUUAAAUUUAAUUUAAAAAUAGUUAAGUUGGAUGUAUCGAAUAAAGUUGUAAUUCGCGCAGCUACUAAGUAGUUAAAUAUUUUAAUAAGGCACCCAGAAACCUCAAACGUA